UUUAUUUUCUGCCUCCAGCUCACAGUCAUGGAAAAAUGUGGAUUCUUCCUCCUGAUGAUUGCAGGUCUCCUGGUCGUCUGCGAUCUUCAGCCCCAGCAGACCGUCAGACAGUUCCGGUACGUUGGCCUGCUGAGGAACUGGAGCGAGGCUCAAACCUACUGCAGGGAGAGCUUCUUCGACCUCGCCACCAUCCAGAACAGCGACAACAACACAGAGGCCCGGCAGGCAGCAGGGACCUCCAAGGUCUGGAUUGGACUCUUUAACGGCACCUGGAGGUGGUCUAAGGAUGAAAACCAGCUUUCUCCCACCAGCAGUUCGUACAACAACUUGGGUUACAGCCAGCAUUUGAACGGGCAGUGUGUAAACCUUGCUUCCACCGGAGCCUGGUCGACCUCAGACUGUGAAGACCUGCAUAACUUUAUAUGUUAUGAUGCUUCAACUAAUCUUGAUAUUGUGGUGAUGCAGAAGAAGAGCUGGUCUGAUGCUCAGUCCCACUGCAGGUCCACAUACACAGACCUGACCACCAUCAGAGAUUCAGCACAUAACCAUGCUCUUGCAUGGUCAUUGUUGACGCGUUUCACAUCAUAUGGAUGGAUCGGUCUUCACAGAUCUGACUGGGUCUGGUCAGACAACAGCAGCAUCUCCUACUUACCUUUAGGCGCCCAGACAUCUACUGAGGAGGCAAACUGCGUGAUGAUGGACUCUUCUUUAGGUUCCUGGAUCAGGCGGCCCUGCAGUGAGCGCUACGGCUUCCUAUGCAGCACAGACGUUGUACCUUCAAUGAUGAGGAUGGUGAAGAUUCGGGUGGAUCCAGGAUCUGCAGACCUGAAUGACCCUGAGGUGCAGGAAUCCAUCCUGCAGCAGCUGAAGAAGAGGGUGGAGGACCAAGGAGAGGAGGUGGAGCUGAGGUGGAAGGUCCAGCCUGAUGGGAAGAUUUUCCACCGAGAGGAAAAGAGAGCGCCCCCUGGUGUCUGUGAGACGGAAACGUGCGACACACCGUAACACCAACAACUAAUUAUGUCCUUUUGCUGGUUGCUGUAGGCUCAUAUUUAUCUCAUUAGUAAUAAUAUUAUUCUGCUAUAUUUAUCCAUGUAGAAAAUUAAACUGCAUUUUCAAUUAUUGGAGCCAAUAAGCAAAGGAGUCAAGUAACAAAGUAACUUAAGUAGAAAUGUUGGCUCUCUAUACUUUACUGCAGUAAUUAUCUUUUAGACAACUUUUUAUUUCUACUUCUUACAUUUUAAUGUACAUUUUAAGUUUAUCAAAAUGAUGCAAAUUGUAAUUCACAACUGUAAACAAUGAAGUCUGCGGAAGUUUGUAUCCUGAAUUGUAGAAAAAUGUUCCUUUAAUAGGGUGGAGCAGUAAAGCUUCUGGCCUUAACAGUUUUAAAAACUUUAACUUG